AGACUAAACCUCGAGGCCACAUGCACUGCGUUUCCAAUCGCUAAAACAAGUACCACUCUGACUGGCAGGACGUGACAACGACCAUCUUACGCAUGCAGUGGGAGAUGGACGCGCAACCACGCUCCACUCAGGCUUUCCCUCCGGACAUAUUCAGUACGAGCAAUUUUAAUGCACAGCGCCGUCACGGCCCUCCUCGUCCGGCCGCGCAACAUCCAUACGUGAUACCUGGGAGUAAGCGAUCAGCACAGAGACUGCCUAUCUUCCCAGAACUAAAAAACCUAUCGCAUCCAUUGCCCGCUACUGCUGGUCGAGUUCUGCAGCACGGUAGAGCAUCUCAGAAACCCUGGCCGCAGUCAGCCAUUCCCGCGCCAAGUUUUGGAACAAACCCUACGGUUCGCGGUCUCUCGACGGCCGAUCUGCGAAGAUUACCCUGUCCUCUCACACAUCAAUCAUCCCUACUUGCCACUCCCAAUGCCGCUCCAUCCACUCAGCAAAUCCCUCCAAUCCUCAUCCCAGACUUAACUGGGCUUAUCACCCGAUGUGGCCAAGACCCCGUUGCCGGCGGUGCAUACGGAAAUAUUUAUAAAUGUAUAUACCAUGGUCCAGAGGGAAAUGUAGACGUCGCUGUCAAAGCAAUUCGACCGCAAUUCUUCAGUGCUGAGGUGUUUCGAAGAGAACUCGGGAUUUGGAAGAGGUUGCAACAUUCUAAUAUUUUGAAGUUCAUGGGUACUACUGGAGAUUUUGGCUCCUCUGUGGCUCUGGUGGCUCCGUGGAUAGUCAACGGCACUCUGACGUCGUUCCUCAACGAGAACAACGAGACCCUCACACUGCAUGAUCGCCUUCUUCUGCUCCGUGACAUAGUCGCUGGCCUCAUUUAUCUCCAUACGUUUACCUUCACUGUAGACGGACAGACGUUCUUUAAUCCAGUCGUUCACGGAGACCUCACUGGUACCAAUGUCCUCAUCAGUAGCGAUGGAACUGCAUAUCUUGCAGAUUUUGGCCUUUCGGGAACCUUAACAAAAUCGCCCGGUAUGACGUAUCUCGCGAAGAUGAGCUGUCAUCCAGGAGCAAUGCGGUGGACAGCUCCUGAGCUUCUUUCUGGGGAAGACUCAGCUUCUGCGAUCACCACUCAGAGUGACAUGUACUCCUUUGGUAGCAUCAUGCUUCAAGUUUUGACUGGAAGUGUCCCUUGGCAACACUUGACGAAUGACACCGCGAUCUUGCUAAAAGUGAUUGAAGGAGAAAUACAUCCCCGUCCAGACAACCGUUGUGUCACCGACCAGUGCUGGAACUUAAUGACUCGUUGCUGGUCUAAGUCACCCAUCGAUCGGCCUUCUGCUGAAGAAGUACUUCAAUUUGUUAACAGCGAGCUCGCUUUGUACAUUUGUGGUGAUGCGAACGGUGGCGGACAGCACCCUGCCUUGGUUCCCGUUCCUAGAAAUGCGCCUCCACUUGUUGGUCCGUCCCCUUCAUUACCAACGCACCAUGCAGAGAGCGAGAAUUAUAGCGUCAUAUCCUCUGGACACCUCUUACCCGCCCCCGAUACCAUGAUACACAGUACCCCAACGUCGUCUAUAUCCAGCGACAAGAAACGCCCGAAUAUAGCACCCCUGCAUGUCUCAUCACCAUAUCGCCAUCCCAACCUUCACACCCCCGUUGUAUUUUCGGCCAUGCGCCAGUGGGACGCUCAUUCCGCCGAGCCUCGUGGAGGUGCUUUGCGCCCGUCUCCUUCGCAGAGCAGUCCUCUUCCAAAUGGCAAUUAUGAACCAUCACAAUAUAAUACAGACGCUACACGAUACCGCAGGUCUCCAGAAGGAUAUUCAGCCCUUUUCACCACCCCGCCUACCUACUACAUUCCCUCCUUCUGAACUACCAUUCCUGGGGCUUGAUUACAUUCGCAACUACGGUUCUUCAGUCGGCUGUCGACCCAAAUUCUAUCUGGCAGACUUUUGACGCUGGUGCAUUUG